GUCGCAUGCUCAAAUAUAAAUUGUCUACACCAGUUAGUCUUCAAGUAAUCAUCUCAGAAAGUUCCACGUAAACACAAAAUUCUGAAAUCCGCGCAGUUUUAUUGAGAAGAAAAUGUCGUCUGCUAGUUUUCGAUUCUUGCUGCUUGUCUUGGGGCUCUCAGUACUGGGUCGUGUAGACGGUGAGUGCCACCUGCAAGAAAUAACCGGUCAUGGCGGUAAUGCGAGCUACUGGCUUGAGAGUACUCCAGGUUUUACGGAAGAAGAGUGCUACAACGCAUGCAUUGAAUACCAGUACUGUGUCAUGGUCCAGUACUUCAAUGCCAUGUGUUCAGGUCAUGUUACUAUCACAGAAUUGCCCAAGGAUAGCCAAUACAACCAUAAAAUAAAAGUUUGCACUGAAGAGACUACCACUGUUACAACUACAACACCAGCAUCAACAACUACCCCGACGACAACAACUACCCCGACGACAACAACUACCCCGACGACAACAACUACCAAAGCUACACCGACUAAAGCAACUACCAAGGCUAACCCAACUAAAACAAUUACAAAAACAACAGCUAAAACAACAAAGCCUAUUAAAGCUCUCCCCAGCACAACUCGAGAUUCCCUCAUACAGAAAGUAAUUAAGGUUUCUGGUCAAGCUGCUCCCAGCGUCAUCCGUACAUCCUUGGUGUAGGAUAACAGAGGAAUCACAAGAGAUAAAGUACAGAAAACUUGUUCCAAUCCACAACAUCAGUCAAUCUUUAAUCACCGUGAGGCCAGAAAGUUCAAUUAUUUUCGCAGUUCAACUUCAUACCAUGGAAUUUCAAAAACCCGGAGAGUAUAUGAUAACAGACCCUAUUUACUAAAGGAUUACAUAAACGUUUGAAAACAUGCUGACAUAUGAGGCAGCACUAAGGAAACAACAUCAACAGCUGUAUUUAAUAUUUUGUUUAAGUGAUGCAGUCAUUUUUUGUUUAUUUCGAUUCAAUAAAAUAC